AAGGCGUCUCUUUUUUUUUUCUCCUUUUUUUUUGCCUGGGUCUUUAAACGUCAGGCCUUGUUUACAAUUAAUGACAAAACCUAGUCAAACCUGACAAUUAAUAACAAUAAAAAAAUCAUCUUUGAAAAGUCAUUUUUUAUCAAUAAUAAUUGUUAUUAUUUUUUUUUGUUAUAUACUAUUUAUUUUAAUCAUAUUUUGAUUAAUUAAAAAUACUCAAAGAUGGCUUCUAAAAAAAAUUGGACUCUUUCAACAAUUAAAAAACUCAAAUAAUUUAUUAUUAUUGCUAUUUUUAUUUAUUUAUUUAUAUCUUUAAAAUGAAUAAAUUAAUAUGGUUUUUUUUAUUAAUAUUUAUUCAUUUUUCAAUUGCUUCAACUGGUGAUAGAUCACAAUUUUAUAGACAAUGUCUUGUCGAGUGUUAUUAUGAAUCCUGCAAACACAAUGUUGAAUUUGAGAUAUCAGUGUUCACUGAAGAUGAUAGUUUUUCAUGGACAUGUGAAGAAAAUUGUAGAUACUCUUGUAUGUGGGAUACUGUUGAUUUUUUUACAAAACGUGGUUAUCCAGUUCCACAAUUUCAUGGAAAGUGGCCUUUCUUGAGAUUAUUUGGUUUACAAGAACCAGCAUCAGUGAUAUUUUCAAUUUUUAAUUUCUAUGCACAUUUUAUGAUGUAUAGAAAAUUUCGAAAAGAAAUAAGACCAUCAUUUCCAUUGUCAUUUUUAUGGAACUAUUGUACACUAGUUUGUUUAAAUGGCUGGUUUUGGUCAGCAAUAUUUCAUGCAAGAGACAAACCAUUUACAGAAAAAAUGGACUAUUCAUGUGCAUUUACAAUUGUUGUAACAUUAUUAUACUGCAUAUUGAUAAGAAUUUUUUAUAAAAAUAAUAAAGUAUAUAUUGUUACAACUUGUGGAUAUAUUAGCAUACUUUAUACACAUUUAUCACAUCUAUGGUCGGGAAAAAUUAAUUAUGGCUACAAUAUGAAGUUGAAUAUUUUUUUUGGAUUUUUAACUUUUAUUAUAACGUUAAUAUGGUGGUAUAAAAAUUUCAAGAGAAUUAAACACGUUUAUUUAAUUGGAUGGUUUAAUGUGUUGACUGUUGUUGUAACUUUACUUGAAGUUGCUGAUUUUCCACCUUUAUUUUGGAUUUUUGAUGCUCAUUCACUGUGGCAUGCAUCAACUGCUCCAUUGACAUAUUUUUUAUACAGAUUUAUGAUUUUAGAUUGUCAUUAUUUGAGGAAAAAAUAUAGCCAGGUAAUCAUUGAAAAUGGACACUUUGAGUAGAAAUGAAAAUUUUAGAUUUUUUUUUCAUUAAAAUCAUUCUUUAUUUAACUAAUUAAUAGGCAAUAGAAAUUGAAUUUCUUUUUUAGCUAGAACAAAUUAUAAAAAUAAAUUAGACAUAGAUUGUUUUUUUAUUUUUCCUUUUUUAUUUAUUUAAAAUUUAUUAAAUAUCAUGACAAAAAAACAUGUAAAGAAAAUAAAAAUAUAUUUUCUGUUUAUAAUUAAUCACCAGGUAAUUUUCUAAAAACAAUUUUUAUAUUUAAAAAAAAAUUGUGGACAUUUUCGACAAGUUACAAGUGAGUCAAAUUAAAAUUUUAUUUAUCAACUAAUAAAAUAGUUUUUAAAAUUUUUCUAUUGAAUAGAAUUUUUUUUUAAAUUGUUGACAAUAAUAAUUAUUAUAAAAAUGAUUUAUAUGAUUUUUAAUUUUAUUUUUUUCUUUUAUAAUUUAAUAAGUGAAACUGAAAGGAAUGUAUGACAAUAAUUAUUAUAUUAUUUAAAUUUGUGAUUUUAAUAGUUUAAUAAUUUCAAAAAAAAUAUAUAUAAUAUGUAAAUAUAUUUUUCAUUUUAAUAUUAUUUGACAGUAAUUAAAUAAGUACUUAAUUUUUUUUUAUCUUCAUUUUUAAAUUUCCUUAUUAAUAUUUUAAGUAAUUAAUAUAUAUUUUUUUUUGUUAACAAAGGCAAUAAUUAAGCCGACAAUUAUCAAUAAUCACAAAACUUAAUUCGUAUAAAUUUAAAAUUUAAAUAAUGUAUAAGUUAAGAAAGAAAAAAUAAGGCCUCUAAUAUAUCAUUAAAAAUUGAUAAAAUUGUAUGAUUAAAAAUAAAAUAAAUUUCAUCAAUUUAAAUUAAAUAAUAAAUAUUAAAAUGACAUUAUGAUUUUUGUACAAAAUUUUCUUUAAAUAACUGUUUGUAGUUAAAUAAAUAAAAACCAUAAGAAUUUUCUAAUAAA